AUGAAGCUCCUCAUUGCCGUCUUCGCCGCAGCCGUCUUGAACGCUCCAGCUCUCGCUGCUCCUGUCGAAGCUGACGGGGUCCGCCUGGAAGAGCGCGCUCCUAUCGUCACCUGCAAACCCAAGCUCAACGGCAAGACUGAAAAGAUAUUCAAGGUCGAUGUAGCCACUGCCCAGGCCGAAGCCAGGACGGCUGGCCUCACCACCGGCAAGAGCGGCGACCCUCACCGUUACUUCAACGGAGACCACAUCAACUUCGGCGUCCACAACUGUGACAAGAAGGACGCCAUCCUCUGGGAGUACCCCAUCUUCUGGGUCGGCAAGAACGCCAGGUGGGAGAAGGACGUCAAGACGGACAAGCAAAAGGGUGGUGCUACUCCCAUCCGGGUGGUUUAUGCUAAUAGCAACGGUGGUGUUCAGUAUUGUGGUGUCAUGACCCACAGUGAGGUUAACGACAAGAACCAGGGACUGAAGUUCUUCCAGAAGUGCACCUGA